GAGUACGGAGUAGUGGCCAUUGGUUGGGAUGAGUACGGAGUAGUGGCCAUUGGUUGGGAAGAGUACGGAGUAGUGGCCAUUGGUUGGGAAGAGUACGGAGUAGUGGCCAUUGGUUGGGAUGAGUACGGAGUAGUGACCAUUUGGUUGGGAUGAGUACGGAGUAGUGGUCAUUGGUUGGGAUGAGUACGGAGUAGUGGCCAUUGGUUGGGAUUAGUACGGAUGGCCAUUGGUUGGGAUGAGUACGGAGUAGUGGCCAUUGGUUGGGAUGAGUACGGAGUAGUGGCCAUUGGUUGGGAUGAGUACGGAGUAGUGGCCAUUGGUUGGGA